AAAAAAAAAAAAAAAAAAAAAAAGAUUAGAAUUAUAUCGACUUUUUCAUUUAUUUUAAUUGUUUUGCUAUAUUCAAAUAUAAAUCUAAAAAAACAUAUACACCACAUACACACACAUACACACUAAAAGGCUUAACUUAAUGAGUACUGAUUUGACAUUACCUACUCAUCCUGCACAACCUCAAUGGCAAACAUUUCGAGAAUGGAACACGAUGAAAACACCACAGAGUUUUGAAGUAGUAAAGACAGAACAUGAAACACAAGAGGAAUUAUUCGAAAGAUUUGGUUUAACAGAAGAGAAUGGAGAAGGAUGGGGUGAUGCCUCAGAGGCUCAAGACGCUGGGUGGGGUGUCCCAGAUACUAAACAUAAUGGCUGGUAGCUUAUAUUUUUUGCUUGUGAACAUCAUAAAGAAUACCCAAUCUUUAUUAUUAUUGUCAAAUGAAAUAUACAAUACAGUAGUUAUAUGACUCGGAUCUUUUAUUAUACUCAAAACAUUAUAAUAUCAUACCGAGAGUAGCAUGACUAAAAAAAAAAAAAGAAAAAAAUAACUAAGAUUUCUUUGUAUGUUUUUUAUAUAUUAGAAUAAAAAAUAAUAAUCUUUAGACGUUAUAGUCGUACCAA